UAGAGUGAGUGCGAGCCGAGAAAUCCUUUCGGCUCAGUGUGUGGUUUUCUUCUCCGUCACUGUCGUCCGGGGCUCCGGCCCGGUGUCCGACCAGCCACAGCUGCUGAGAAACGUUUGAGAAAUGUGUCACCCGUGUGCGGUGGAGGCGAGAGACACCAUCUUUAAUAAAACAGAUAAACCAUCAUGAUUCCCAUCACAGAGCUCCGGUACUUUGCUGACUCCCAGCCAGCAUUCCGUAUCCUGAAGCCAUGGUGGGACGUUUUCACCGACUACAUCUCGAUCGUCAUGCUGAUGAUUGCGGUGUUCGGUGGUACACUACAGGUCACGCAGGACAAGAUGAUCUGCCUGCCUUGCAAGUGGGUGGUCAACAAGUCCUGCGAGACCAUGCCCAUCCCAAACGUGAGCUCCGCCUAUCCACCGGAGCCCAAAGGCAUUCAGUAUGACCUUGACCGUCAUCAGUAUAACUAUGUCGAUGCUGUCUGCUACGAGAACAAACUACACUGGUUUGCAAAAUAUUUCCCCUAUUUGGUGCUACUCCACACCCUCAUUUUCCUGGCCUGCAGCAACUUCUGGUUCAAGUUCCCCCGCACAAGCUCUAAACUGGAGCACUUUGUCUCCAUCCUACUCAAGUGCUUUGACUCCCCGUGGACAACGAGGGCUUUGUCUGAGACCGUGGUGGAGGAGAGCGACAACAAGCCUCUGGGGAAAGUGAACGGUUCCAUGGAUAAGAAGGCUUCCAGUGUGAGCGAGGAUGUUGAGGCUAGCGUUCCCAUGCUCCAGCGAACAGCAAAGUCCAGAAUUGAACAAGGAAUUGUAGAUCGCUCUGAAACUGGGGUUUUAGAUAAAAAGGAGGGGGAGCAGGCCAAGGCUCUAUUUGAGAAGGUGAAGAAGUUCAGGAUUCAUGUAGAGGAGGGUGAUAUAGUGUACCGUCUUUAUAUACGUCAGACCAUCAUCAAAGUAAUCAAGUUUAUACUGAUAAUUAGCUACACAGCCUACUAUGUACGCUACAUCAGGUUCAGUGUAGUGUGCUCUGUAAACAUUCAGAAAUUAACAGGCUACAGCAUGUUCUAUUGUGCUCACCCGUUGGCAACUCUUUUCAAGAUUUUGGCCUGUUUCUACAUCAGCUUGGUGGGGGUUUAUGGCCUGAUCUGCAUGUACACUCUUUGUUGGAUGCUCAGCCGCUCCCUCAAACGAUACUCCUUUGAAUCAAUCCGCGAGGAAAGCAGCUACAGCGACAUCCCCGACUUAAAGAACGACUUUGCCUUCAUGCUACACAUGAUAGAUCAGUAUGACCCUCUCUACUCCAAGCGCUUUGCGGUAUUUCUUUCAGAGGUGAGCGAGAACAAGCUCAGGCAGCUGAACCUAAACAAUGAGUGGACGUUAGAGAAGCUGAGGCAGCGCAUCACCAAAAACUCCCAGGAAAAGCUGGAGCUGCAUCUGUUCAUGCUCAGUGGGAUCCCUGACACAGUAUUUGAUCUGGUCGAGCUGGAAGUGCUCAAACUGGAGCUCAUCCCGGAUGUGACUAUCCCUCCAAUCAUCGCACAGCUCUCCAACCUGAGGGAGAUGUGGCUCUAUCACACACCAGCUAAAAUUGAGGCUCCAGCUCUUGCUUUCCUGAGGGAGAACCUAAAGUCUCUUCACAUCAAGUUCACAGACAUCAAGGAGAUCCCUCUGUGGAUCUACAGCCUGAAGAACCUCAGUGAGCUGCACCUUACAGGGAACCUGAGUGCUGAGAACAAUCGCUACAUUGUCAUCGACGGGCUUCGGGAGCUCAGAAGGCUCAAAGUUCUUCGUCUGAAAAGCAAUCUGACCAAGCUGCCGCAGGUGGUGACGGAUGUGGGUGUGCACCUGCAGAAGCUCUCCAUCAAUAACGAGGGCACCAAGCUGAUGGUGCUCAACAGCCUGAAGAAAAUGGUCAACCUGACUGAGCUUGAGCUUGUGCGCUGCGACCUGGAACGCAUUCCACACUCCAUCUUUAGUUUGCACAACCUGGCGGAGAUUGACUUGAAGGACAACAAUCUGAAGACAAUAGAGGAGAUCAUCAGCUUCCAGCAUCUGCACCGGCUUGUGUGCCUAAAGCUGUGGUACAACCAGAUCGCCUACAUCCCCAUUCAGAUCGGAACACUUACCAACAUGGAGAGACUAUAUUUGAACAGGAACAAGAUUGAGAAAAUCCCCAGCCAGCUUUUCUUCUGUCGCAAGCUGCGUUUCUUAGACCUGAGUCACAACAAUCUGACCAGCAUCCACGCUGAUGUAGGCUUCCUCCAGAACCUGCAGUACUUUGCUGUGACAGCAAACCGGAUCGAGACUUUGCCCCCGGAGCUGUUCAAAUGCAAGAAGCUGCGUACUCUGAAUCUGGGAAACAACUGCCUGCAGACGCUGCCAUCCCGCUUCGGGGAACUCACCGGGUUGACCCAGCUGGAGCUGAGAGGGAACCGCCUUGAGUGUCUCCCAGUGGAGCUCGGUGAGUGUCGGCUGUUGAAGAAGAGCAGUCUGAUAGUGGAGGAGGACCUGUUCAACACGCUGCCACCAGAAGUCAAAGAGCAGCUUUGGAGGGCCGAUAAGGAGCAAGCUUGAGUCAAGCCUUUGUGGAGAGCGGCAGAGGAGAGAA